AUGUCGACUUCUGUGGAUGCCCCGAGCCAAUACAAGCAACCUUCUCGCAAGGGUAAGAAGGCGUGGCGCAAGAAUGUCGAUGUCACCGAAGUGCAGGAGGGUCUGCGCCAUCUGAAGGAGGCCGAGAUCAAAGGUGGUCUUAUUUCUGAGAAGCCUUCCGAAGAACUUUUCGUUCUUGACAGCACCGGUAAUGAAAGUGUGCGCAAGUCUAUGAGCAAAAAGCAGAAGCUUCUCAAGUCAGACGAAAUUCUUGCUCAGCGCUCUAUGAUCCCUGCCCUGGACGGCCGCAAGCGUGGAAACGCCAAUGUCACCGACGGAGUUAUUGAGCCUAAGACGAAGAAACCCAAGAGCGACUGGGUCAGCCGCAAGGAAUAUCUGCGCCUGAAGCAAGUAGCGAGAGAUGCCAAACCUCUGGGCAAGAAGACCGAAAAUGAAUUCUACGAUCCGUGGGCUGAUGAAGCCGAACCCUCGCUCACCUACGACGAUCCUCGCUUUGAUUUCCUGCAGAAGCCCAAGCCCAAGGUUGAGCCAGUCACAUUAAAACACGCUCCGAUCUCACUUGCCGCCAACGGAAAGCCUGUCCCCUCUGUUAAGAUGCCCCACGCUGGAACCAGUUACAACCCCGUGUUCGAGGAGUGGGACAAACUAUUGGAGGAACAUGGUGCCCAGGCGGUAGAGGCCGAGAAGAAGCGUUUGGAGGAAGAGGCCAAGGAAGCUGAGAAGCAGCGUCUGAUUGAGGAGGCCCGGAACGACGACGGCGAGGUGAAGUCGGAUGACGAGAGUGCCUGGGAGGGCUUCGAGAGCGAAUAUGAGAAGCCAGAGUGGCUGACAAAGAAGCGCCCCGAGCGUAAAUCCAAGACGCAGCGCAACAAGGUCAUCCGACGCAAGGCAGCAGAAGGACAAGCGAAGUGGGAAGCUCAGAUGAAGAAGAGAGAUGCACAGGCCGAGCAUAUUCUCAAGAUCGCCGAGCAAGUCAAGCAACGGGAGCUUGAACGCGAAAACCAGUCGGAUGCUGAUGAUUCCGAGGAAGGCGAUGACACUGCCCUCCGUAAGAAGACCUUCGGUGGCAGGAAAGCUGUACCCGAGCAGCGGUUGGAGCUGGUGCUUCCUGACGAGCUGCAGGAUUCGCUCCGACUCUUGAAGCCGGAAGGCAAUCUCUUGGAUGACCGAUUCCGCACAUUGAUCGUUCAGGGUAAGCUCGAGUCUCGCACACCGAUUACCCAGGCCCGCAAGGCCAAAAGAUCGAUCACGGAGAAGUGGACUGCGAAGGAUUUCAAGACUGGAUACGAAUGA